ACACAUAUUCCCCGAAGCUUGGUAGAAUCAUGGAUGGAUCACUAAGUGCAAGUCCAAGGCCCGGAUACGGCAACUUGUUUGAUGCAACAUUUCAGACGAUCACACUUAAACAACCACAAAAGACGAAAUAUGAAGCAAAACACGGAAGAAAAUCAGGAUGCAUUACAUACAUACUGAGACGCAAUCUAGAACCCUGAAAUAAGGUACAAUGACUUCUACACGGUCUACAUUUAACACAAAUAUGAGCAAUGUAGAACAACUGCAUAAAAAGGAAAGAGUGUAACUUUUAAAAAUACAAAACAACUGUAGAAGAUGUGAUCAUGGGAUAAGAAACGACAGGACACAAAACUGUCUCUUAGUCUGGGAUUCUCCUUCUAAUGUUGUAAAAGGGGGCGGUCCAUAUACAUGUCUCUAUCUCUGUGGAGAAAUUACAGAUAUUUUUUUUAAUGUUUUAGUAACAAUAAAAGGAACAUAUUUUGAGUUAACCCAUCCCUGGAUGCAGAGGGAAGAGACAAAGAGACAAUGCGGUGGACGUGGUCGUGAAAGAAGGUCGCAGUUUGUUGUGGAGAGAGAAAGCUGAGCAGAGGGGGAGAGAAAGUCUGUGGUCGGCCAAAGUUAUGGAAUGACGGAAGGGAUGAAGGGAGGAGAAGAAAGAGGAGGAGGAGGUGGCAAGCUCCGGGUGCAAAAGCAAAUCAGAUGGACAGACGAAGAAAAAGGAGGAGUGUGGUGGAUUAAGGAGAGCCCAAAAGAAGAUCAAGAUGGGUGGAAGGUUUCAGUUUGACAGCGCACUUUGUUUUUAAACCUCAGGUGGUUCAAUGCGGACGGAGUGAGUGAAGGGAGUAAAAGUUGCAACUCGAAGCCGCAACAGAUAAAUUCAGGGAUUGAUGGAGAAGUAUAUGUGGAGGAGGUAGAUUCAGGGGGAGGAGGUUUCAUUCCCCGCAGCUCCUCUCACUUUCUCAGGAUUUCCCUCCCUGGACACUGCUGCUUCCGCUGUUGUUGCUGCUCUAAGUGCAUUUUCUACUGGGCCACACUCGUCCAUAUCUGGACCUGGACUUGGACAAACAGUGAAGGGGUCUGUAUUCGGCAAGGAAACAACUUGAGCAUAACUAAGUCUGCCCUGAAAGGUUUGGUGGACCAAAGGAUUACUGACUGAUAGAAAUGGGUCAUUUGGCUGAUUUGAAGCAUCAAAAGUCCAAUAAGUAAUUUUAUUUUUUUGAUUAUAUGAACAGUAGAUUUUAGAUGACUUGCUUUUCACUUGGCAUGAAAACCUGCUUUGUUUAUCUUGACAGAUGGAUGUUUCAGAUGAUCACUAAAUCUUUAUUAUUGUUAUACUGAUUCAUAUUGUAGAUAUUAAGACAGACUAGAUAGCCAAGUUUUCCUCAGUUUGCAGAUAAACAGUAUCUUUAUUUUGUCUUUUUCGAGCUGAGGUUUCACAAAUGACUUGUGUGGUUGGCUCACAUAAUGUUUUGCAAUUUGAAGACAUGGAAAAUGAGAAGACCUGAUGCCUCUCCCACCUAAUGUGAGGAAAAAUAUGAAAAUGGGCAUCAAGGCUUUGCCGAAUUAUUUGCUUUACCCCGAUGACAUUUUGUAUUUAAAACCAAGAUGUGAUUUAUGAGCAUAAACUAUGAGGCGAGGAGUCAUAAUAGCUGUUUGGAUUAAGAGGAUGAGAUGUAACUUGUGUCUUGGCCAGUCUGAGCUCCUGAGUGUGUGUGCAGGAGGAAAGUUUGGAAAGUGACUCUAAACGUCUCCUUUAAUGCAUUGUAAUAAAUGGCUCGGGACACAACCCCCACUUUCCCUCAUGGGUCCAGAGAAGACAGUUUUCCAUAUAUGUCGACUUCCACAUAUUUUCCACUUCAGCAUCAGUGUUGACAUUAACGCAGCCUUCAUCCAUCUCACUGGCCUGAUUCUCAUGCUUCACCCUGGGCCUGGAAACAAACCCAUGCAGUCACUCACCAAGCAGACUGAUCGCUGACACAUCUUGUUUCAUCCCCUGUUGAAAAACGCUUGUUAUUGACUGGCCUGGCCCAGCACUGCUCAGGCCGGCCCAGGUUUCCCAUCAUCUCGUGAAGACUUGGCCCAAAGUGGGCUUCCACCUGUUCUGCAGUCAUGGGGAUCCAGGGCAUGGAGCUGUUUGCCAUCGGAGUGGUCAUCAUCCUUUUCAUGGCAGUUCUCAAGCAGUUUGGCAUUUUGGAGCCCAUGUCCUCGUUUGAAGAUGACAGCAGCGACAGUGAUUUGGAGCUGUCGACGGUGCGUCACCAGCCAGAAGGGCUGGACCAGCUACAGGCUCAGACCAAGUUCACCAGGAAGGAGCUUCAGUCUCUCUAUCGGGGCUUUAAGAAUGAGUGUCCCAGUGGGCUGGUUGAUGAGGAGACGUUCAAGUCAAUCUAUUCUCAGUUCUUUCCCCAAGGAGAUGCAACCACCUAUGCUCACUUCCUGUUCAACGCGUUUGACAUGGACAGGAAUGGUUCAAUCAACUUCGAGGACUUUGUCAUUGGCCUGUCCGUGUUGCUCAGAGGUUCAGUUACUGAGAAGCUCAACUGGGCUUUUAACCUCUAUGACAUUAACAAGGAUGGCUACAUCACCAAAGAGGAGAUGCUGGCAAUUAUGAAAUCGAUCUAUGACAUGAUGGGGAGAUACACCUAUCCCUGUGUGCGAGAUGAUGCACCCUCUGAACAUGUGGACAAGUUCUUCCAGAAAAUGGAUAAAAAUCGAGAUGGAGUUGUGACAAUUGAAGAGUUCAUUGAGACCUGUCAGAAGGACGAGAACAUCAUGAACUCCAUGCAGCUGUUUGAGAAUGUGAUUUGAGGAGUCCAGAUGCAGAACCAAAACAAAUAGAUCCAGAUGUGUUAUUUCAUCUUCAGUAGCGACACACCCACAAUUCACACACAAAAUCAUUACAAACACCUCAAACUCCGCUCUAUAACAUGACUUCCAUGCGCAUAAUAUAAGAUUAUAUUAUUUCUUUUUUAUGCUGUGUCUUCUGUAGUGCUCCAGGAUUAAAGGAACUCUCACAGACUGAAGAAGUGCUUCCUCAGUGAAAUCCCCCCCUCAGAGAGUGUUUUUUUAUGUGUGCAACAAAUAUCAUCCUCAAAAGGGGAGUGAAUACGAUAACCCACUGACCUGAGCACUCAAGGACAGAAGCUUUACACUAAUACACCAUGUUUCUGUCUCUGGCACACACAGAGACACAGAAAAAAAAUUCAAAAAGAAUAAUGAAUUUAAGCAUGUUUGUCCUCAAAUAUGUGAUGUGGAUUUAGCUUGCACUACAUUUUUAAGACUAUGUAUGAUAUGUGCCUGAAACAAAGGCUCUGUACAUACCUGCUCCUGAUGGAAGCCAGUGUGUAUGUAUAUAUGUAUAGUGAAUAGUUGUGUUUGAUUUUUCUCUGUGCUGAACUGGGUAAUGGAAUAUUGAAAGUCAAUAUUUGGUUAAGAAAUAUCUGCGUUAAUCCAUUUGGCGUCUUGUUCAAACAAAAUUUAAAUGAAUUACUGAAAUAUAUGUCUUUCUUUUUUUUAUUUUGUAUGAUUAUGUUUUGUUGGUCAGAUUGGAAAAUUGACUCUCUAUAGUUCUGCAGAGAUACAAAAAAAGAUAUGGUUAAAGUGUGUCUCUCUUUUUUUUGCUGAAUUAAGAUUUUAUCCUGGUUGCUUGGUAUCUAUGAGCAUGCUGACUCGUAAGUGCCACAGUACUAUGUACAGUAUGGUUGGAUCUUUGUCAGGUAAUUAAAGACGCUGUCAACAA